AUGACUGAUCAUGUGACUUUACAAAAUGAAAUCCGUUCGUUGGUCCAGGAACGGAAAUCAUUGAACCUACUGCUGAAGCGAUUAAGUAAUCAGAUGAGCAACUUCAAUGAGGGCGAUUCCAAUGUUCUGCUAUCUUCCAAGGUUUUAAAUCAAUCUUCCAUCGAAUCAAGGAGAAAACCUAAGGAUUCUGAGGACUUCAAGGAUUAUGAGCCUGAAAAGCGUCCUAGAGUGGAGGAGGACACCGAAACUGUUCACAGGCACAAGCGACUCAUGAAGGUUGGCCUUUUCGGCUAUUUGCAGAAGGCCAAGGACGCUCUCGUCAAGGAGAAGGACGACGAAAGUGCCGUUAAACACUUGGAAAAGGAUAAACUUAUCGACAACAAGCUGGAAGAACGCCAGAAAAAGCAAUCUUCCAUCCUUGCCAAGGACAUAGAGGAACAAUACAACACCAGUAAGCAAAAGCUGGAGGCCCUAGAGCUCAACUUAUCUGAGAAGCAAACUCAGCUAAUGCGCAUAAAGUUGAAGGACCACUAUGAAAACAUGAAAAACUUCAUUGCCACCUCCACGCAGCCUACCAUCUUCUGGGUUCCUCACCGGUUCAACGACCAAUUGGAGUCGCUCCGCGCCUCCACUCGGAGCUUCGUCGGCAAGAAGAUUGAGAUUAUUGACUCCACCGACUACUUCUCGUAG